AUGGUUGCGGCCAUGGGUGUUACAUUGAAAGACCAUGCUUCACAAACAGAAAAAGCGAAACAAACAUACGAAGAGAUAACAAAAAAUAUAUAUAAGGGUAAAGGUGUUGGGGAUGUUGGACAUGGUGAAGAUUACAGGUGUAAUUGUAAAUUUAAGCCAGGUAAGGACAACCCGAAUAAGGCUUGCGGAGAAUAUAUUGGUUGUGUGAAUCGAGAACUUUUUAUCGAAUGCGUCGAAGGUGAAUGUCCUUGUGGAUCAUAUUGUCAGAACAGACGAUUUCAAGAUGCUAAUUAUGCCAAAGUAGAUGUUAUAUUUCUUCCACUUAAAGGAUAUGGAUUAAGAGUAUUGGAACCGUUAAAAAAGAAUCAAUUCGUAAUGGAAUAUAUUGGAGAAGUUAUCAGGAAUGACGUAUUUAUAAAGCGUAUGAAAAAAUACAAUGAAGAAGGGUUAAAGCAUUUUUAUUUCAUGUCACUUCAGGCUGGAGAGGUCAUUGACGCGACGGAUAAAGGUUGUGUGGCUCGAUUUAUGAACCAUUCAUGUUCUCCAAACUGUUUUGUACAGAAAUGGAUGGUUGGAGAAAAAUACCGAAUUGGAAUAUUUGCUCUCCGUAAUAUUCAAGAAGGGGAGGAAUUGACCUUUGAUUAUAAUGCAGAACGAUAUGGGUAUACCCAAGCUUGUCAUUGUGGUGAACCAAAUUGUCGCGGUAUUAUUGGAGGGACCAAAGAAACUGGUGAUUCUAUUUUAUCGCAAGAUUUAAUCGAAGCUGAACAAUUGAAACCGAUACAAAGUUGUGAUGAUGUAUUACCCUUCAUUGGGCUUAUGCUUCGUUCAAUUGAAAAACCGGCGAUGGUACCAGGAUUGUUAUACAGGUUACGGAUUACAAACGAUAUUGGUAUCCUUAAAAUGUUUAUGAAGCUACAUGGCUCUAUAAUGCUCAAAACAUAUUUGCGUGAAUACAAGGACAAUGAUGAUAUUCUCGAAAAGACUCUCAUAGUCGCAGAUAAAUUGCCAUAUAAAUAUAGUAACCGACGCGUUGAGUCAUCACACCUUAAAGAAUGGGUAAUGAAAUUCACGAGCCGAGAUGAUAGAAUUGGCGAACGUUGCAGAGCACUUAUAGAGAAAUGGCAAAACCUUCCAGAAUUCUACAAAAUUCCAAAGUACAGUGAACGAGGUCUUUUACCUCCAGAAGCUCAGAAGAAAGAACCAGAAGAUACAGCUAUGGACAUUGACACACCAAAAAAUUCAGAAACUUCCGAACCUAAAGUAGAAAGUCAAAUGACUUCCGACGAUUACUAUUUCUAUGAGUCUGCACAUGACUAUUAUGUCCGGUUCACAGAUAGUCAUUAUCCGUUUCAGAAUCUUUCUCAAACGGAUUAUUGGGUCACUCAGAAGCUUUCUCCUCAUAAACAAGCUAACACAUCUCAAUCCGAAUAUACCCAUUGCUCUUCGUCAUAUUUAAAUGACCACCACAAUACUGAACCUGGUUCUUCGCGGUACAAAUAUGACAAAUAUUCAAACAAACAUUGGCAUAACAAGUCAUCGUAUGGUUCAUCACAUGGUUCAACACAUGGCUCAUCACAAUCACCGGCAGUUCCUCCACAACCUGAAUUACCACCUCUUGCACCAAAUUGGUGUGAAACCGCUGAUGAAUAUGGUCAUGUGUAUUAUUACAACAGGUAUACUAAAGAGACAUCAUGGGAAAGACCAGUCGUAAAAGACGAUAUGAAAACCAUUGACGGUUUUAGUAAAGCUGAACUUCAAGGAAUUAUCGAACGUGCAGAGGCUUUAGCUAAAAAAGCAGAGAAAGAAAAAGAAAGGGCGGCUAGAGAACGUGCAGAAAGCAGUAAAAUAGGUGCAUCCACAACUUUAAAUAACAAUCUUAGCGAAAGAGACUUCAGAAAUGCUAUUGCAGCUACCGUGGUAGAUUAUUGUAGUAGGUUUAAACGUCACAUGGAUGUUCAAACAUUCAAAAAGCAAGCCAGAACUCUAUCUCACCUUGUGCAAGAUAAGGAACUUCGUCGUUCAGAAUGGCGCAAUGUGGUAACUUACCGCUUUACAGACGAGGCCAAAGCUCGAAUCAAGAGUUUUGUGAUUGACUAUAUGAGGAAAUUGAUUUCACGAAUAAAAUCAUCUGCUGAAAAGCACAAAAAAAACAACAUAUAA